CAUGAGAGCAAAAACAUGACAUAAUACAACAGGGACAUGCUGAACACCCCCCUGAAAAUUGAGCCUCUUUGGGAGAUUACACUUGUGGUUGAAGCAGUCAAUUGGAUUUCAAAAAAUAGUCGGAAGAAUAAUGUACUGAUUGAGCAACUCGUUCUUUUUUUACAAAAAGUCUUGUACUUUGCCACAUCCGACAUGGCGGCGAGGGGGGGGGACGUACGCUGCGGCGCACGAAGCGGAAUCUUUGUCCGUUACAUAUACAGUAACCAAAUGAUGCGUUAACGGGGGCCAAGUAAGAUCUGGAGCGUCGGAGCCUCUCCCGGAACUGUGCCGCCGCGUCGGCUCGGCCGAUUUCACCGUCGGGGUUUGGUCCAACAUGGCGACGCACGGAUGGAAAUACUGAUGACAGUCCGAAAGAUCGCCUCCAUUUGUACGAUGGGCGCCAAUGCCUCCGCCUUGGAGAAGGAGAUUGGACCGGAACAGUUUCCCGUAAACGAGCACUACUUUGGAUUGGUCAACUUUGGCAACACCUGCUAUUGUAACUCGGUGCUGCAAGCCCUCUACUUUUGUCGCCCCUUCCGGGAGAAAGUGCUGGCCUACAAGGUCCAGCCCCGACGCAAAGAGUCUCUCCUCACCUGCCUGGCUGACUUGUUCAACAGCAUUGCCACGCAGAAGAAGAAAGUGGGCGUCAUCCCUCCCAAGAAGUUCAUCUCGCGGCUGAGAAAAGAAAAUGAGCUGUUCGACAACUACAUGCAGCAAGAUGCCCACGAGUUCCUCAACUACCUCCUCAACACCAUCGCCGACCUGCUCCAGGAGGAGAAGAGCCAGGAGCGGCAGCAGAACGGAAAGCCGCUUCAGAACGGAGGAGGAGGAGGAGGAGGAGAGGUAGUAAGCGGAGGCGGGGGAGGCGGCGAGGGCGAAGGCGGGAAGGAGACGCAGCGGACGUGGGUCCACGAGAUCUUCCGAGGAACGCUGACCAACGAGACGCGCUGCCUAAACUGCGAAGCCGUCAGCAGCAAAGACGAAGACUUCCUGGAUUUGUCGGUGGACGUGGAGCAGAACACGUCCAUCACGCACUGCCUCAGGGACUUCAGCAACACCGAGACUCUGUGCAGCGAGUACAAGUACUACUGCGAGCAGUGCCGCAGCAAACAGGAAGCCCAGAAAAGGAUGCGGGUCAAGAGGCUGCCCAUGAUCCUGGCGCUGCACCUCAAGCGCUUCAAGUACAUGGACCAGCUGCACCGCUACACCAAACUGUCGUACCGGGUGGUCUUCCCGCUGGAGCUGCGCCUCUUCAACACGUCGGGGGACGCCACCAACCCGGACCGCAUGUACGACCUGGUGGCCGUGGUGGUGCACUGCGGCAGCGGACCCAACCGAGGACACUACAUCACCAUCGUCAAAAGCCACGGCUUCUGGCUCCUCUUCGACGACGACAUCGUUGAGAAAAUCGACGCGCAAGCCAUCGAGGAGUUCUACGGCCUGACGUCCGACAUUUCCAAAAACUCAGAGUCCGGGUACAUCCUCUUCUACCAGUCCAGAGACUGACGGCGGCCCGGCGUUCGGGGGCGCGAGGCCCGAGCGUCCGGGCCUUUUCUUUCUUUCUUUUUUUUUUUUUAAAACCCUCUCCUGAGGCGGAUCUUCGCACCGGAUCGCCGCCCGGCGGCCUCGGGGAAGACCGGCGCUAACCGGGCCCUUCUCUGAAGGGGAGGUGGGCUCUGCGACUGACUGGACUGACUUUUUUGCGUGCGCGGAUGAACUUGUGACCCUUCGAAAGGGGCGCGGCGCCGACGGGUCCCGGCGCAGAGCCGUUCCGCGACUGCGGUGACGGGAGUCGAACUUUCGCAAAUUCACCGUUCCCCGCAUUCUCGGGAAACAUCCAAAGUGCACAAAUUCCAUUUGUUUUUUAAUUUCAAUAUUCAUAUGAAUGUCUCACUCAUUUUACUUAAGAUGUCACGCUUGACUAACAUUGUUGUGGAAGCGACUCCGGAUGUGAGGCAGAGUGAAAGUGUGCAAGUGUACAUAUAUGCAGAUAUUAUUGGAAGACUAAAUAAACGCUUGCUUGAA